AUGAUUAGUAAUGAUACUUUAUCACCGAUUCAUUCAACAUCUACAACACCGACACUGAGAACUAGUAAUCUUAGUAGUCUUGGUAGCAGUGUAUCUUCGAUGGUGGGAUCGGAAUCACCGCUUGGUCGUUCGAAACAACACCUCGAGCUUUAUAAAGAUCUCAGUGAAAAGACACUGGAGCAGUGCGACCAAUCUUUUAUGAAUACAAAGAGAAUGAUCAUGUCGGAUUUCGAUACAAUGAUCAACUAUCUCAACGAUCGAAGAGUGGAAAUGCUGACACAGUUGGCAGUGGAACUGGAAUCACACAAACAGGAACUCGAGAAGAAUCGAGACAAAGCACAACAUCUCAUUGAAUCGAUCGACAGAAAACUCAGACAAACUACAAGCGGCAUGGGUGGCGCAGGCUCGUCUUCUCCACAAUUGUCAGCUUCGCAAAACAUUAGUAAUAGCAAUUCAAUUGUUGUCGAGAGUUCGAGGGAUCCGAUCGCUGCCGAUGAGCAGCAGCACGAGGAUGUGGUAGAAAUCAAUUUGGACGACGACAACUGUUGCUCCAAUUCCACCACUAGCGCUGGAAGCAGAAGCAGUAGCAGUGCGACGCAAAAGAGAAAAGAGACAUCGGCAUCGUCGCUCGACGAUUGCGAUGUCGAUAGUAGUGUCUACGCUGUGUAUGCGCGUCGUCAUAUGAAGCGCGAAAAACAAGUACAUGUGUUUGGUCGUUUGGAGUUCAACACUCGUGUACACCCGGAAUACAAAGAGUUGAGUCAGUUGCUGCCGAAGCAAUGUUUGAUCUAUUCGAUUGGUGGUCAUCUCAAUGGAUUCGAUCAAUAUUCAACAGAGCGUUACGAUAUGUCGGAGCAUCAGUGGCGAUCGAUGGCACCGCUACACCAGAUGGACAAUGAUUUCACUUCGAUAUUCGAUGGUCGUAACUCUAUCUACAACUUUGGUGGCAGUCUAUCACCUUCGAAAAUCACACGUUACUCUCUGGCCGAAGAUCGUUGGGAGACGCUGGAGGCGGACAUUCCAGAGGGUGGAAGAUUCCUGCACACAUCGGUCUACGACAACAAACAAUAUGUAUAUUUACUGGGUGGAUUCCCACGCGCCAAUGUUGUUCUGCGGUUCAACCUGGUGAAUCAUGAGUUCAGCAAGCUCUCGACGAUGAAGAACAUCUGGAAGCAAUCGGCAGUCUUUGAUCCAGUGUCCAACUCGAUCUACACGAUCGGUGGUUGCAACAUGUCUGGAGAAUCACUGGAUUGUGUCGAUCGCUACGACAUUGAAGAGGAUCGUUGGUACGAAAUGGCACCGCUCCACCACGGCAUGUAUAGCGGCGCCGCUGUCAUUGAUUCGUCGAACGGCUACAUCUAUGCAUUCGGAGGAUUCUCAUCGCAAUCGAACCAAUGUUUGAAUCGUGUCGAACGUUACUCUAUCGAGCACAACAAGUGGGAGGUGGUCGAGCCGUCAAUGCCAAUCGCCAUGAUGGUCAAUAACUCUGCAUUCUUUGACGGCAGUCACUAUGUAUAUUUAGUAGGUGGUUCUAACCCCAACACAAAAGAAAGUUUUUCAAAGGUGUACCGUUUUAGUAUAAUAACAUUUGAAUGGGAUGAUCAUCCAGUUGGUAAUUUCAAACAUCAGCGUUACAAAGGUUCAACAGUUUUUGUAUCAAAAUAA